AUGUAUACGACGCAAAAUUUCAUCGGCAGCACAAUUGGCUUGCUCGUCGCAUAUGUGGUGUGGUGCCUUGUCUAUGCGUACUGGAGACUCGCCCAUAUCCCUGGCCCGUUAUUUGCAAGGCUCACAAACUUACAACGGAUGAGCUGGGUGAAGUCAGGGCGGUCACACGAGAUCCAUCAUGCUGCCCAUCAAAAAUAUGGUGAUGUGGUGCGAUUUGGGCCAAACAUGGUGUCUGUUGCGUAUCCGGGCGCAAUUCCAACUAUUUAUCCAAUGAGACCAGGUUUUCCUAAGGGCGAUUUCUAUCGGACCCUGAUGCCUUAUACUGGUAAAGGCAAGUCGCUACCAGCAAUAUUCAAUACCAGGGAUGAAGCUCUACACAAAAAGAUAAAAAGCCCUGUUGCACCAUUAUUCUCCUUGACAAAUGUCCUGACCCUCGAACCCUUUGUUGAACGAGUUCUUCAUGUCAUGUUUGAACAGCUCGACGCUCGUUUCGCCGAAUCACGGGAUACAUGUGAUUUGGCUGCUUGGAUAAAAUAUUUUGCGUUUGAUGUAAUGGGUACAUUGACUCUAUCAAAACGGUAUGGAUUUCUGGAAGAAGGAAAAGAUGUCAAUAAUAUGCUUGUUUCUAUUUGGGAUUAUAUGAAGGCUGCUGCUCCAAUGACCCAGAUUCCAUGGUUUGAUGAGCUUUGGAAUAAAAGCUCAUGGACAAAUAUGUUUCGCGGCACCGGGGGAUUCUUAAUCUUGAAAUUAGUGCGCGAAUUCAUAGAAGAUCGAGAAAAAGAGAACACUGAAGCCUCGCAACAACAUCUUACUGAUCGGGACAUGCUCUCUCGAUUUUUGGAGAUUCAAAAAGAAAACCCAUCCAUUCCGCCAUGGUCGACUACUGCAUGGACAUUUUCCAAUGUUUUUGCUGGGUCAGAUUCAACGUCAGUCGUUCUGUGCACCAUCUGGUAUAAUCUUCUGGCGCAUCAAGGCACAAUGGGCCGAUUGUAUGCCGAGUUAAUCGAAAGAGAGCAAAAUCAUUCUCUGACACGUCCAUUUCCCAAAUGGGACGAAGUGAGUGAGCUGCCCUACUUAGAUGCUUGUAUCAAUGAAGCAGUGCGAUUGCACCCGCCAUUCUGCUUGCCAUUUGAACGAGUCGUUCCACCUGGUGGGAUCACCAUCGGAACAGAAAGCGUUUACCUUCCAGAAGGAACUGUCGUCGGUAUGAAUCCAUACGUAGCUAAUCGACACAAACCGACCUUUGGCGAGGAUGCCGAUGAAUGGAACCCCGAUAGAUGGCUAGGAAGAGACGAGCAACAGCGGAAGAAGAUGGAGCAGAGUGUUCUGACGGUCAGCAGUUUUCCUUCAAUUAAUUUAAUGGAAAUUUCGACGCGACAGAAUAUACUGACGGUGGGCAAUCAGUUCGGAGCAGGGAGACGUGUCUGUCUAGGGAAGCAUGUCGCUAUGCUAGAAAUGAAAAAACUAGUCCCUGCUCUCCUUUUAAAUUAUGAGUUUCAGCUACUCGAUCGAUCCCGAUUUCGAGUUGAGAACUUUUGGUUUUUCCAACAGCGGGACUUGGGUGUCAAGAUUAAGAAGCGCGCAUCUCUUUCAAGCUGA